AUGUGGCGUGGGCUCAGACUGGGUCGUGUCCGGGUGGUGGCGGGUCUUCAAUCUCAAUUCCCCUUUCGGAGCGCGUCUCUCCCAAAACACCAAAACAACAUAACCACCAGUACCACCAGUACCAGUACCACCAGAAGUACCACCACCACCCUUCUCUCAUCUCCAUCUCCAUCUCCAUCUUCACUACCUCACCCACCGACCCUACCUACAUUUAAAUUACUACCAUCGACAUCAUUACUGUUACAGCCAUCGACACCAUCGGCACUACCAUUCCAAGGCUUCUUCUUCUCGUCCUCGGACUACCUCCUGCCGGCCAUGUUCAACCGAAACAAUAACAGCGGUAACGAUAGUCGCAGUGGUGGUAGUAUCCUAAACAACAAUGGCAGCAGCCUUGGCGGUAAUUCCGGUUCCAAUGCUCCAAAGCAAUCCACUCUCUCCUUCUCCAACAAACCAAUCCAAAAACCGGGUCUCGUCAGUCGUCCGGGCCUUGUAAACAGACCGGGUCCUGGCAAACUACUCUCUGCCUCCAAUGUCAAUUCCCUCUCUUCCCGUGCACCGCCAGCACCACCGGUUGUACGACCACAAUUUCAACCAGAGAAACUUGCCAAUGCUCCUUUAAAAUCUACCACCCAACGUUCUUCUCUAGGGAAACGACCUGCUGGCUCCCAAGAAGCUCUCCGUCAAGCUUUACAAUCCGAAAAUUCGUUUGCAGAAGAGCCAUCCACAAAGUUCAACGAUGAUAAAGCUCCUCAAACAGCCAAGGAUGCUCUCAGGAAUGCCGUCAACUGCUGGGACGAAGACGAGUUCGAGUUCGAUGACAUGGACCUCCUGGAAGCCGGCCUAGUCUCUGCCAAACCCUCUACCACGCCUGCACAUGUUUCGAAACCCACAAACAAACCCCUGCCAAACCACAUGUCUCGAGAUACAACAUCAAGACCAAAAUCUCCACCAUCAAACUCUCCUAAUCCGUGGAAGCAACAAGUCGAAGCCAAACAGGAUCUCAAACCCGUUCAAACACCAGCCGAGCCUGCUCCAAAGAAACGUCGUACCCUUCCCUGGAAAACCAAACAACAGGAAGCUGAGCUCGCUUCCAUUCUCCCACCCGAACCACCAAAGCCGGUCGAAACCCCACAGCCCACAAAGACUGCUCCCUGGGACAAAACUGCGUCUGCUGUCAAAGCGGCAAAGAUCGAUCUCAAAGGCAAACUUCAACAGCAGAAGCGUGCCAUAUCGACCUCCAGCCUUGGUGGCCAGCAAACUACCAGCCUACGUGGUACAAAACCCACCCGACAUUAUAUGAGCGACGAACAAAGCCAUGUCUUGGAUAUGGUUGUCAAUGAAGGCAAGAGUGUGUUCUUUACUGGCUCGGCUGGUACUGGUAAAUCAGUUCUCUUGAGAGAAAUUAUCACAGGGCUCAGGAAGAAGCACAAGAACUAUGAUUCGGUCGCAAUUACGGCUUCCACCGGGUUAGCGGCUUGUAACAUUGGAGGCGUUACCCUGCAUUCUUUCUCGGGGAUCGGGCUGGGAAGGGAAUCAGUUGAACAACUCGUCAAAAAGAUCCGUCGUGUUCCAAAGUCGAAGCAAAGGUGGUUGCGUGCCAAAGUUCUCAUCAUCGACGAAAUAAGCAUGGUUGAUGGUGACCUCUUUGACAAGUUGGAAGGUGUGGCCAGAACCUUGAAGAAUAACGGUAGACCAUUUGGGGGUAUUCAGUUGGUUGUUACUGGCGACUUCUUCCAAUUGCCCCCCGUCCCUGACAAUGGCAAGGCGGCCAAGUUUGCCUUCGAGGCUAACACCUGGAGCAACUGUGUCGACCAUACGAUCUUACUUACCCACAUCUUCAGACAAAAGGACCCCGUCUUCGCAGGCAUGCUUAAUGAGAUGCGAUUGGGGACGUUGAGUCCUGCGUCUAUUGCAAAUUUCAAGAAGCUCACCCGCAAUUUAAAUUUUGACGAUGGUUUACAAGCUACGGAGCUCUUCCCGACUCGAAAGGAGGUCGACAAUGCCAACCUCAGACAACUACGGGGGUUACCCGGUGAUUCAUAUACUUUCACAGCCGUCGACGAGUCUGCGAUACUAGAUCAACAACAGCGAGAGAAAUUGCUGACCAACUGCAUGGCGCCACAGAUAUUGGAGCUGAAACAAGGUGCGCAGGUCAUGUUGGUCAAAAAUAUGGACGAAACACUGGUGAACGGAUCUCUCGGCCGCGUCGUCGCGUUUAUGAGCGAAAAGACGUACGCUAUGGUACAAGACGAACUCCCCGGUGGCGAAGACCAAAUUUUUGGCUCUCAGGGAGAGGGGGAUCUCAGAGACAUGUCAAAAAGAGAAAGGGAGAUACAUGAGAAAUAUAUAAACGAACAGAGUCGGACAAAUACAACGAAGAAGUACCCGUUGGUACAAUGGAGUAUUGCGGAUGGAACGCAGAGGAGAACAUUGAUGUUGCCCGAGGCGUGGAAGUUUGAGUUGCCGACAGGGGAGGUGCAGGCUUCGAGGAAGCAAGUGCCGUUGAUUUUAGCUUGGGCGCUGUCGAUCCACAAGGCGCAGGGGCAGACCUUGGAUCGGGUUAAGGUUGAUUUGAACAAGGUUUUUGAGAAGGGACAAGCAUAUGUCGCACUCAGCCGUGCGACGACGCAGGAAGGCUUGCAGGUAUUGGGGUUUAAUGCGAAUAAGGUAAUGGCGCAUGAGAAGGUCCGGGUGUUUUACAGGAGCUUGACGUCUGCCGAGGCUGCGGUCCGGGCGGCAGCUGCACCAUCUUUGAACGAAGAUGAUUUCCCGGAUGACGAGGAUCUGGCGGAGAUCGGCCUGGCGGCUGGAUCUUCAAAGUUGAAGAAGUAUGCGUACUCGUGA